AUGUCGGUUCCACUCUCGGACGAGUUCACUAUCCCGACACACCGUCAAAUCGGGGCAACGGCGCAUCCAGAACAAGAUGUCCAUUGCACAUAUCUCUGUGGAAACUCUCUUGGACCUCUGUCUAAGCGAUCAAACCUUCUUAUCCAACAAGAACUCGAGGCAUGGGGAACACGCGGGGUAAACGGCCACUUCAAUACCCAUCCGUAUGGCCGUGGCUGGGUGGAUUUCUGCGACCAUAUCACGCCGUUGUUUGCGGAAUUGGUCGGGUCCAAGGAAAAGGAAGUCGCUUGUAUGGGCACAUUGACGGCGAACUUGCACCUGAUGAUGGAUUCCUUCUACAAGCCAACCUCAGCCCGGUUCAAAAUCUUAUGCGAAGCGAAAGCAUUUCCUUCCGACCAGUAUGCUUUCGCGUCUCAAGCACUAGCCCAUGGUCUCGAUCCCGCGAAUGCUGUCUUGGAAAUUUCUCCGCGCCCUGGCGAAUACGCUCUUCGGGAAGAAGACAUCCUUGAUACUAUUUCGCGUGAAGGGUCUUCUAUCGCCCUUGUCAUUUUCAGUGGUGUCCAGUAUUACACCGGUCAGUUGUUUCCGAUCCAGUCUAUCACUCGCGCUGCCCAAGCACAGGGGUGCAUAUGUGGCUGGGACCUCGCCCACGCCGUCGGGAACGUCCCUCUCUCUUUGCAUGACUGGAACGUGGAUUUUGCCGUUUGGUGCACGUAUAAAUACCUCAACGCCGGCCCCGGCUCUAUUGCUGGCUUAUACGUCCACGAGAAAUGGAAGGACACGGAGCUUCCCAAAUUCGCCGGUUGGUGGGGACACGAUCCUGUCACACGCUUUGCGAUGCCACCCAAGUUUUCUCCGAUCGACGGCGCACAGGGUUUCCAACAAUCCAACCCGUCAAUUCUUGCCUCAGCAUCGCUCUUGGGAUCGUUGCAAGUCUUCAAAGAAGCCGGGAUGAUGGGGCCUCUCCGUGAACGCUCGCUACUGCUCACUAAUACCCUCGAAACACUUCUUCAACAAUCGCAAUACUUCAUACCCACAACAGACGUUGACAAAUGGUCCCAACAGUCGUCGCGACCAGCCUUUACCAUUAUCACUCCUUCGGACCCCGCCAGUCGAGGAGCCCAGCUGUCACUGCUAUUUAUUGGUGACGGAUUGAUGCAAAGGGCACACGAUGGUCUGACUAGUUUCGGUGUCAUUGGAGAUGAGCGCAAGCCCGACGUGAUCCGACUUGCUCCCGCUCCUUUGUUCAACACACUCCAGGACUGCGAGCAAGCGGCAAUGUUCCUGGAACGUGUGUUGGAUGGCUUGGCCUCUUAG